CAUCUUUUAUAUUGAAAAUUUAAAUCUAAACUCUUAAUUGGAAAUGAACUCUAAUUUACAAACAACUGAGCGCUGAAGUGUGGAGUUGUGGACAACACUACGUUUUCCAGCGGCGGUGUAUUUGUGGUGAACUGGUGAGGCGGGAGAAUGGUUUUGGCAAAGGGCCUGAGGCCCGCGCAGGUUGUGUUGGGGAUAUUAGCAGUACGUAUUCUCUCCGUAUUCUUGGUGCAAACUUGGUACGUGCCUGACGAGUACUGGCAGACUUUGGAGGUAGCCCAUAAACAUGCAUUCGGGUAUGGAGAACUGACCUGGGAGUGGCAGAAAGGCCUUAGAAGUUACUUAUAUCCAAGCGUUGUAGCAGUUUUAUACACAAUUCUUAAAUUCACUGGACUUGAUUAUGCGGAUGCAGUGGUUUUUAUGCCACGCAUCUUACAAGCUAUUAUAAGUACAGCAGCGGACUAUAGCUUUUAUAAAUGGACUGGCAAACGAAAAUGGGCCCUGUUUUUAAUUUUGUCCUCUUGGUUUUGGUUCUAUACAUCGAGUAGAACCCUCUUGCAGACCUUGGAAACCUCUCUGGUGGCCAUUGCAUUGUCAAUCUUUCCAUUUAAAGCGGGAAAACUUGGUUAUUAUGAAAAUGAAAAUAAUAACUGGAUAUGGCUGGCAUGUUUAUCUGUGUUUGUGCGGCCAACAUCAGCUCCAAUUUGGGUAGUUCUUGGAAUAUACAAUGUCAUGACAACCAGACAGGGACGACUGAAGCUUCUUCUGAGAACCUAUAUGCCUAUUGUAGUCCUAUCUGGUGGAGCUAUGGUGGCUCUAGACUCAUACUUUUAUGGUAGAUUGAUAAUCACUCCCUGGGAAUUCUUCAGGUUUAAUGUGCUUCAGAAUAUUUCCACCUUCUAUGGCAACCAUCCGUGGCAUUGGUAUAUAACACAAGGUCUUCCAGCAGUACUUGGUAUUAAUAUUUUCCCAUUAUUCUGGUCAAUUGUGUCAAUAGUCAAAAGACCAAGAGAGAACAGAAUUGGACUGGUUCUGUUAGCAGCCGCUUCUCUCCAUGUUGUAGUACACAGUUUUAUACCACACAAGGAAUUCCGGUUUGUUUUACCUUUGAUACCAAUUCUUCUGUACCUAAUUCAAGAUGUCAUAGUACCCUGGAGUAGAAAAGCCAAGAGAUGGCAGUUAUACACAGUGGCUCUGAGCAUUCUUCUUGGAAAUAUGGUACCUAGCCUCUACUUUGGCAUGGUCCAUCAAAGUGGUACUUUGAAAGUGAUGCCUCUGCUAAGAGAAGCAUUACCAAACAACCGGUCUUCCAUUUUAUUCAUGAUGCCUUGUCACUCCACUCCUCUGUAUAGCCACCUACACAUGAAUGUGUCAACCCGCUACCUCAACUGCGACCCGCCGGCCGCCUCACAUACCUACGAAGCCGAAGCCUUCUACCACAACCCUCAGCGCUGGUGGCGGUCGGUGUAUUCCACCAGACAGACGCCUUCGCUGGUGGUGCUGUUUGACGUACUGCAAGGCAGAGUGGAGGACCUGCUGAAAGGAUACAAGCUUAUACAUGAACUACCUCACACACAGUACCCUGAAGGCGAAGUAGGAGAAAAAGUGCUAGUGUACCAGAAGACAGAAAGACAAGCGAGUGCACAAACAGAUGAUAUUAUUCAAUGAUAGACCUAUAGAGAAUAUUUAACUGUUAGUAAAAUAUUCUUUAACCAAAUAAUAGUUGAUGCGGUCUUUCUAUUGGCCCUAGUGACUGUUUAAACUAAAAUCAGGUUGCACAGUGAUGGUAUAAUGUUCAAAAUAGUUGGGAUUUUUUGACUACUGUAUGUUUUUAUUGACUAAGUAGAUUUUAUUAAAUUUUAGAUUACUAUACAAAAAGAAAUGAAUAUGUCAAUAAUAUAAGUAUAAGUAGCUAAGUGUAAUGGUAACAUUAUACGUAUUAUGAUAAUUACAUUAUAUUUAAAGCAUUUUACAUUGAAUUCAAAUUGCAUUUUUACCGUUACAAGAGGGAUUGUUACUCUCUUAAUUUUUAUUUAAUAGAAAAUAUAAUUAUUAUUUAUGUGUAAUUUCUUUCAGAAAAUAUAAUUUUAUUUUUGACAUGUCGAUCUUUUAGAUUUAGUAUAGGCUUAUAUUCGAUUUAGUAAUGACAAAAAACGUUUUGGUUUUGGUGUAUUUUUAUUGAAAUAAGUUUUAGAAUUCGACGCGUCGCAAUUUGUGAUAGAAAUAUUGUAUCUUCAACCCGAUUGAGUUACUUAUGCCCGAGGUAGUUUAAUAAUACGUAUAUUAUAAUAUAUGA